AUGGGCGCCCGCUGUGCCUUCUUCCGUAGCGGCCGCCCAAAGGAAGAGACACGCUACGCUGUCGUCACCCUUGCCAACCUGAACGACAUCGUGGGACGUCUACCCUGUCUGCCGCAGGGCAUCAACGACGACUCAUAUCCCCACGCAAGUCUCUUCGGGCAACCAAAGUCGCCUCCAUUAUUAACGUCUAUGUCACCCUUUGAGCAAAUCCACCAAGGCGAGGAACGAAUUCUGCGAGGAUCCUCACGCCUUACUGGCGACUGUGCCGAAGACUCCUCGUCGGGACAGACCAAGCUGCCUGGGAGGGAGUGCUGGGUCUACAUGCAAUCAGGGGCUACAUCGAUAGCGGUCUCCGUCCUCUGUGGAGCUUCGUAA